GUGAUUGUUAGUGAUGAGUGUGAGUGUAAGUGCGAGGUGGAGGUGAUGUGAGGGAGGUAAUAUAAGCUUAUACACUCGCACUUUAUUCGCUCACGACGCUCUCACUACCGGGACCCUUGUUUAUAAUGGCCAGCAAAAUGGAUGGCGAACUUUUAUCUCUGAAGUGGAACAAUCACCGCACAACUUUCUACCAUGUCAUUAGUGGUCUCCGUAAUAAGGAGACCUACACUGAUGUAACACUAGCAUGUGAGGGCAAGUUUUACCCCGUCCACAAGUUGGUUCUGUCCACGUGUAGUGAAUAUUUUAGUGAUAUAUUUGACCGCACACCAUGCAAGAACCCAGUAAUUGUUCUAAAAGACAUUCAGUGUCAAGACCUUGAGUUUUUGUUGGACUAUAUGUACAUUGGUGAAGUUAAUGUUAGACAAAAUGAACUUUCUUCUCUCAUCAAGGCAGCUGAGUGUUUGAGAAUUAAGGGUUUAGCUGUGCCAGAUGAAGAACCCAAAAAGAGUGGAACUAGUAGUGCAAAUACAAGUGGCGUGUCUCAGAGUAGACAACGUCCCGAACAGACCAGCCCUCCGGCAAAGAGGCGCAGGGCGGAGGAACGGCGCGUCACUCCGGCCGGGACCGAACACAGCCCUGGGAGACCCCCCGGGGAUGGACCAGGCAGUCCGGACCACCGAGAACUAAAUGUGGGGCGCCAGCCCGGUGUGAGUGAAGCUAGUAACCCUAGAGAACAACCUGAGGAAGCACAGACUGAUAUAAGUGCAGCAGACCAACCUCCAGUGCACAUUAAAGUGGAACACCAAGAAAAUUUUGAACAAUCUGCCAAUGAUGAUUUCUUAUCAGUACAAAGUAAUAGUUAUGAUGGUGGAGGGGGAGAAGAGGGGGACGGUCCUCACAGCUCAGAGGGCAACACUAAUGACUUCCCAGAGUUUCUUCAGUCAACUAUAGAAAAAGAAGAGCCUGUGGCUAUGAGUGAUUUUAACCCAAGUGAUUUCCCUGGACCGUCCGGCCUACAGAAUAGUGGAAUGGCCCCUUGGGAAAGUGAAAAUAAUUCCGCAAGUUUUGCGGAAGGGCUUUCUGGGGCUGUGGCGGCAGCUGUAGCUGCUGCGUCACAACCACAGCAACAAAGACAACAACAACAGUUGGUGGGUGAUGGCAGAGUGGCAGGUGGCGGAGUGGCAGGUGACGAUUGUGGCCCAUACACCUGUUCCAUUUGUGGCCAAGUUUGCACAGGUCAAUCCCAGUGGCUAAUGCACUGUGCCACACACUCGCCUUCAGCUAUUGCACGGUUUCGCUGUCCCUUCUGUAACUAUGGAACCAAUGACCGCAGCAACUUCCGCCGGCACGUGACUGUCCACACGGGUGUCAAAAACUAUAGGUGUCCACGGUGUGGUCGUCGAUCUAACGAUCGCAGCAACAUGAAAAAACACGUUAUGAGAUGUGUCACGGUUGUGCCCACUCACACAGUCGGCUAGAUUGUUGUGGUCUGCCAGAUAUUACUACCUGUCGGAGCCUUCAAGUUACAGUAUUGUACUGUUCAGUAUUUGUGUAUUUUUCAAUUCACAAAAAAAACCUGCCAUUGCACAUUCUGAAGCUUGGGUUGAAAAUGUAAUUGAGUUAUCUAAUGUGAUAAGACAGUUCUGUAUAUUGUAGAAAAUAUAUUUUUAGGGGAGAGCUUAAGAAGGUAUGGUUUAGUACAGAGGAAAACAGAGAUGAAGAAUACUGUAAUAGUAGUGUGCCAUCCUGCUGUAUAUUGUACAGUAUAUUAUUGUACUGUACUGUACUUUAUACCAUUGUACUGUACUAUACUAUACAGUACUGUAUACUAUUGUAUUUUGCACUGCUGUACUAUACUGCAGUGUACACCACUGUACUGUUGUGCAUUACUGUAAACUACUGUACUGUUCCUGCUAAUGAUGAAUGUACAAACCUGUUUUGCAGUGUUAGAUUGUUAGUAAAGGGUGGACAGUACACAACAAGUUUAAUGAACUGUACAAAAUACAGUAUUAUAAAACAAAGGAAGAUGUGAACGUUUAGUUAAAUUAUUUGGGGGAAAUUUGUUAGAAUACGGUACAGUAUGUACAGGACAUUUUUGUUGACAAUAAUAAAUGUAUAGCACAGUACUUCUAAAUACAUAGUAAUGUACAUGUAUUCAAAUUUGAAAUAAUAAACAAUAUUGUAUUGUAAAUGGGUUAAUGGCAAACAAGAGAUAUUGUACUCCAUUGCAUUAUUAAGAGGCCAACCAUGCAACAAGGGAUAUAUACUGCAUAACUUUCUGCUUUAAACUGGAGAAUACAUAUCAUGCUGGAGGAGCCAAUGGUUAAUCUGAUCUGAGGUGAUAUAAUGAAUUUUUAGUGAUCUGGUUUGUUUUAAUGUGCUGUCGGCAGUCGUGUUUAUAUCCUAACUCUCAUGUCAUGUGCCGAGGUUGUACCGCGCUGAAAAUGUUCUGGGCAGAUAGUUUUUUAGGGGGGUAAAUUUUAGGCUGGUUAAUCAGGGAGGGGGGGGCCUAAUCUUCAGGUGAUCCAUAGAUGCUAAAAUUGGUAAUGGCUUCACUGUGUUGGUCUCACUGGCAUAAAACAUGUAAGUAAUUUUUUUUUUUUACUUAUCUUGAACUGCUCACAAGUCCUCCUCUUAAGUCAUGGAAAAGCCUUUGAUCCUGUACUGUACCUUCAUAUUUGUGGACGAGGUUUAUUAGAGAACAAUUACGCACGUGCCGGGAUGCUGGGCGAGUGUUUGUGGAGUGGGAUGUACAGCCUGUUUAGUUAUUUUGUUUCUUUAUGUUAGUAUCUUACUUCUUAACUAAGUGCUGUGACACAAGUUUGUAAUGCUCAUAUAACAACUGAUUGACAGAGAUAUAAUGGCAACCGUCUUAACUUUUCUCAAAAUAUCUGAAGUGAUAGACACAGUAUGUGGCCGGGUGCGAUGUUUCGGUGCCGCUGGAAUGGUUCCUACAGUGCCUUUAUUAAGAGGCGUGGGAUUUUACAGUGAUUCUGGAGUCAUCGACAAAAUGGAUAAUACGUUGACUGGAUGCAUUGAUAAUAGUGUUCGUGACAAACUAUUUUUAUUAUGAAUUAACUGUCAUUGGUGAUGUGAGUUAGUGUAUAUUAUGUGGAAAUUAAUUAAAGAUCAUAUUGGUUUUAGGAGCUUUAUAUUUCAGUAAUUGUGUUGGUCAGAGGGGGUUGGGCUGGACCCAGCCUCUGUUUGUCAUGCCUGUGUGUGUCAAUGAUGUCCUCUCUAAGGUUACAAGACUUUAUCACCACUUCAGUUUACCUCCUCUUGUAUAGUGUCAAAAUUAGACAGCUUAUGCUCUAUUUUUCUUCAUUUAUAAUGUUAAAUGUAAAGCCAUUGUUAAAAUUAUUGUAAUAAAUAAAGGUGACAAAGGGG